CCAGGGUGCUCGGCCAUUCAGCGCUGCAGAGGCGGUGCACUGCCGAAGGAGACACCGGAUUGAACGGAGGAAGAGUCCUAAACCUAUUGACUACUACGUUCCGGGAAGUGAACCGGGCAGAGACCUCAUGAAUGGAAAUCGGAACUACAGGAGCCGUUGGGGCCCAGUCCCUGUUCUCCAUGCCUCGGCGGCCUGGCUAUGGCACCAUGGGGAAGCCCAUCAAGCUACUGGCCAACUGCUUCCAGGUGGAGAUCCCCAAGAUGGAUGUCUACCUCUACGAGGUGGACAUCAAGCCUGACAAGUGCCCACGGCGAGUCAACAGGGAGGUGGUUGACUCUAUGGUGCAGCACUUUAAGGUGACAAUCUUUGGGGAUCGCAGGCCAGUCUACGAUGGAAAGAAGAGCCUGUACACAGCCAAUCCACUACCUGUGGCACCCGCAGGGGUGGACCUGGAUGUCACUCUGCCAGGUGAGGGAGGGAAAGAUCGCCCCUUUAAAGUUUCCAUCAAGUUUGUGUCUCUGGUCAGCUGGCACAUGCUCCACGAGGUGCUGACUGGCCGCAGCAUGCCUGAGCCUCUGGAGCUGGACAAGCCCAUCAGCACUAACCCUGUACACGCCGUGGAUGUGGUGCUGCGACACCUGCCCUCCAUGAAGUACACUCCGGUGGGUCGAUCCUUCUUCUCGGCUCCAGAGGGCUAUGACCAUCCUCUGGGAGGUGGGAGGGAGGUUUGGUUCGGCUUCCAUCAAUCCGUGCGCCCUGCCAUGUGGAAGAUGAUGCUUAACAUUGAUGUCUCUGCCACCGCUUUCUACAAGGCCCAGCCUGUCAUCCAGUUCAUGUGUGAAGUGCUGGACAUCCACAACAUAGACGAGCAGCCUCGCCCUCUCACAGACUCACACCGGGUCAAAUUCACCAAAGAAAUCAAAGGUUUAAAGGUGGAGGUGACGCACUGUGGAACCAUGCGGAGGAAGUACCGUGUCUGCAACGUGACCCGUCGGCCUGCCAGCCAUCAAACGUUCCCUCUACAGUUGGAAAAUGGUCAGACUGUAGAGCGUACUGUAGCCCAGUACUUCAGGGAGAAGUACAACCUGCAGCUGAAGUACCCACAUUUACCCUGUCUACAGGUGGGCCAGGAGCAAAAGCACACCUACCUGCCCCUCGAGGUGUGUAACAUUGUAGCUGGUCAACGGUGUAUAAAGAAGCUGACGGAUAAUCAGACCUCCACUAUGAUCAAAGCCACAGCUCGCUCUGCACCCGACAGGCAGGAGGAGAUCAGCAGGCUGGUGCGUAGUGCCAACUACGAGGCAGACCCUUUUGUGCAGGAAUUCCAGUUCAAGGUGCGCGACGAGAUGGCCCAUGUGACGGGGCGAGUGCUACCCGCCCCCAUGCUGCAGUACGGCGGCAGGGUGAGCACAGAGCACUUUAUGAACCGCACUGUAGCCACACCCAGCCAUGGGGUGUGGGACAUGAGGGGGAAACAGUUCCAUACCGGGGUGGAGAUCAAGAUGUGGGCCAUCGCCUGUUUCGCCACACAGAGGCAGUGUCGGGAAGAAAUCCUAAAGGGUUUCACAGACCAGCUGCGCAAGAUCUCCAAGGAUGCUGGGAUGCCCAUCCAGGGCCAGCCAUGUUUCUGUAAAUAUGCCCAGGGAGCCGACAGUGUGGAGCCCAUGUUCAGACACCUGAAGAACACCUACGCCGGACUGCAGCUCAUCAUCGUCAUUCUGCCGGGAAAGACUCCUGUCUAUGCGGAAGUAAAGCGUGUGGGGGACACCCUCUUGGGCAUGGCCACACAAUGUGUCCAGGUGAAGAAUGUGGUGAAGACGUCACCUCAGACCCUCUCCAACCUCUGCCUGAAGAUCAAUGUGAAGCUGGGAGGCAUCAACAACAUCCUGGUACCUCACCAACGACCAUCAGUGUUUCAGCAGCCAGUUAUCUUCUUGGGAGCAGAUGUCACACAUCCACCUGCUGGAGAUGGGAAGAAGCCAUCAAUUGCAGCAGUGGUAGGCAGUAUGGAUGCCCACCCCAGCAGGUACUGUGCCACUGUGCGGGUCCAAAGGCCCAGGCAGGAGGUAAUCCAGGACCUGGCCUCCAUGGUGCGGGAAUUGCUCAUCCAGUUUUACAAGUCGACCCGCUACAAGCCCACCAGGAUCAUUUUCUACAGGGAUGGAGUUUCAGAAGGCCAGUUCAGACAGGUGCUGUAUUAUGAGCUGCUGGCCAUUCGUGAGGCCUGUAUAAGCCUGGAGAAGGAGUACCAGCCAGGCAUCACCUACAUUGUUGUGCAAAAACGCCACCAUACACGCCUCUUCUGUGCCGACCGCAAUGAGAGAGUUGGACGUAGUGGAAACAUUCCUGCCGGUACUACCGUGGAUACGGACAUCACGCAUCCGUACGAGUUUGACUUUUACCUCUGCAGUCACGCUGGAAUACAGGGCACCAGUCGGCCCUCCCACUACCAUGUACUGUGGGACGACAAUUGUUUUACCGCUGACGAGUUCCAGCUGCUCACCUACCAGUUGUGCCACACCUACGUGCGCUGUACCCGCUCAGUCUCCAUCCCUGCGCCAGCCUACUACGCCCACCUGGUGGCCUUCCGCGCCCGCUACCAUCUGGUGGACAAAGAACAUGACAGCGCUGAGGGCAGCCAUGUUUCUGGUCAGAGUAACGGUCGGGACCCCCAGGCGUUGGCCAAAGCUGUUCAGAUUCACCACGACACCCUGAGGACCAUGUACUUCGCCUGAGCUACACCAACCCUCCACAACCAUUGCCACCCUUAACACACACAGAAACACACAACACACACAGACACAACCAUGCACACCUGGCUUGCCAGUCAAGGAGUCCUCAAGUCCCGCCCCCCCACACGCCUAGUCAAUCCGGACCUGACACUGUGCAGAGGAAAGCAGGGAGGAGGGAGGGGAGGAGGCACCCCCACACUGGACUGAGGAUGCAAACGCUGCUUUAAAAACAAACAAGAGAGAAACUCAGCACUAUUAUGCAAUAUUAAACCAGCCAACUAGUUUAUUUUCACCCUUAUAAGGCCCCCUUUCCAUUGCCCCUCCUAUCUGUUUUUCCCUGUUUGUCUCUUUUACUUGUGGCCUAGUGGGUGUUUUUUUUGUUUUGUUUGUUUUUACUUUUCCCUUCCUUUGGCACAAUAUUGUCUACUAAUCUGCUCCUUUGCCAUCUACAGUACCUCAAGUCAAUUUGAGCAGCAGCACUUUUACAUUCUGUCAGUUUUACUGUAGUUUGUCAUUGAUUCUCCCCAGUGUUAGAUAUGGGGGAGCAGAGAAGGUAGGGUUAGACUCUGGAGUUGUUAAAUGGUGUUUGAUUUAUUUUGGAAUAUAGUUAUUUCAUCGGACCAGGGUUGUCCCAGUUGGCACUUUUAUUUUUCCUUUUUCCUCUUGUUUCCUCUGUUCUGUCACUUUUCACUAGUGUGUGAAAUCACCAGUAUGGAGCAACAUGUUCUUUUGAGCACACUGCCACCUGUUGGCGACGAGGUAUAAAUGCCCCCUAAAAGUCACAACAAAGAGUUGUUGUCCUUUAAGGUUUCAGAUCAGUUUUGAUUUAUCUUUAGCGGUCAGCUGUUUUAUAUUGGCUGAUAUAUCAAUUGCUCAACUGCAGCCAUUUAUGGAUUUCAUUUAAAGUAUAACACUGUUAUUUAAUUCUGGUUGUUAUUUUUCUUCUACAUUGUGAAACAUUUUAUGACUUUUUUUAAUCAUUUAAAUCAUGUAAGCUUGUGUUUUUAAUCUUAGCAGUCAUUGUGCAUUCAUUUCCCUCAGUGCUUUAUCUCACAUUUCCCUCUCUUGAGUUUGAGACGGUGAGUAAAUAGAGAUCUUAUCGAUGGUUUCCUCUAGUGCAAUAAUCAGUUGAAACGAAGGGAAGAUGAUUUUAGGGGACUUAAACGACUCAAAAGAACAGUUAAACAUUUAAUUUGAAAGUGAGUGUCCUCGAAAAGAGAAAAGUUUGCCACUUGCUAGGCACUUUCAUGUAUUGCUCCUCUGUGAGACGAUUGAUCGGCAUGUUAUAUGAGAUUGCCCUUGCCGUUGGGCAAAAAUGGUGCGACUGCAGUUUUGGUGAUUUUAAUGUUUUUACUUGAAUUGAAGGAUGUUAUGCGCCUCUGUGGUUUGAGAGUACUUUAUCAUUAAUGGGCAUAAUUUCAGAAUUCAUGAUCAUCAGUUUGCUAAUGAGGCUGAUUUUCUUAAUUCCUAAGAAUAACAAAGCUUUUCACCUGACUGCAGCAAAGUGGAGUAUAAAGGCCAUAAAGAGGUAGUAUUCAAGUGCCUGGUGGAAGUGUUAAAUGGUCAAAAGCUGCAUAGCUCGUUAUAGGGAUCCUCUUUCAUUCGGGCAAAAUAAGCAAAAAGCCUAUUCCAACAAAUUGACAGCAUAAGAUGGUUUAAAGCAAGAAAGUUUCACCCGAUGCCUCUUAUUCUUCUCAACCAACUGUCUACUGACUUUUCUAUACAUCUCAUCCAUAUAUUUAUUGUGUUUGCCUAUACAGCGGAGUUAGCUGCCGGCUUUGCUUCAGAGCAGCGUUCAAGCAAAGCAAGCAGAGUGAUCUUUUUACUUUCACCAGACAUGGAUCCAGCUGCUAUAGUGUGUUUGUACCUAAAAGGCCAGGUUCAUGGGCACGGAGUGAGCCUCAUCAUAAACUAAUUCUUUCAACAAACGGUUUCUUUCAGUAGAAAUCCUGAGUCCAGGACUAGGUUUAAUUCCUGUCCAUGUAACCGGCCAAAAGUUGCGACCGGCUUCAGAACAAUGCUGAGGAGUUAAGUCAGUGACCAAUAUUUUCAGCAGACUCACAGCUGACUGUUGAAAUGUUGUAUCUGGAUUCUAGUCACCACUUAGCUCCUCUGUGCCGCUGAUGACCUGAAGCUCGUCCUGGGGGUUGUUUUUAAAAGUUAUCUGCACUAAAAGAAGCUGUGUUUGGGGACUGAACACAGGCGUGGUGCUACUCUGUCUGAAUUAGAAUCUGAAGCUGAACCUCUGUAUGAGACUCUAGAUGAACAGGUGGGCAGGAUAGAAGAUGGAAAAAAAAAACGGUAAACCUCACUCACUUAAGGACAGGCGAAGGCCCCACUGCUGUGGUUGGUGCGGGGAACUCUACAUUUAAAAAUUCACUCGGUAGUUGUGAACAGCAUUAAGAACCUGUAAACGGUACAAUGGCAGACGUUCCCUUGGACAUUAAGGUAUAAUGUCCUAUAUAUGUAUAAUCCUGCACCCGCUGUUGCAUCUGACUGCCCUUUGCAGGCUUUCCAGUGUGGGAACCAGUGAGUUUGAGCCUUCAUGAUUUCACUAGUGUCUGAAAGCCUUUUUAAAAGCCGAAAGUAUAUUUGUACAUUUUAAAUUAUGUAAUGCACACCACUUAUUUUUGCUAACAGAAAAAAAUAAUGUAGUCUAAUUAUUAAUCUUGGUAAUAAAUGUAACAUGAUAAGUAAUGGUUAAAAAGAUAUAAUAACAAAGUUUUAUUAUUGCAAUAGACUGUUGACUUGUUCCUGUGUCACUAUAACGUAUAGUGUAUGUGUGAACAUUGGUGAGGUUGUUGAAACUAGUGACGUGUGUUUGGACUGUCGUACUGUUAUUGAUAGGGAUGUGGACCGCCUCUAGCUUUGAUGUUUGGAAAAAAAAGCUGCAACAUGUUGAAUGCUUAUUUCUCUCCUUUUUUUAUUUCAAUUUUCUGUAGAUGUUCAUACAGUCAGGUUUGUCGUAGAGGAGAGAAUCCUAGACUGCACUCUGAAAGGCUUUGUAUUAAGACAUCACAUCCCUAUUGUGACAACAAACAGUAGAAUAGAAGAAGAGUCUGUUGAUGUAUUGAGUUUCUGCUCUUGAAUGUUUUUCGGAUUUUCUUCAACUGGUGCUGAUGCCUGCUCCUUAUCGAGAGGGAGAGUGAAAAGGAAUGGGCAAGUGGUCUUGAAAGUAUUGUUGAUCUAUUUCAAAGACAUGUGUGAUCAAAAAAUAUCAUGACAAGGGGUUGUAGUUCUCCAUUCCUUUGUGUUAAAGCCUCAGGGGGGGAUUUACGUCGGAUUGCAACCUCCGUUGCUUUCCUCAGACUCCUCUCUCCUUACCCGAGCCACUUCAUGUGCUCACAAAUACAGAGAGUUAGCCUCCCGGUAAAUCUGCCGUGUGACAAAGCCUGUAAUCUUAUUGUUGCUUUCUUUCCCCUUUGCUCCCAAACAUUUACUCUCCUGCGCCAGAGGACUACAUUCCACGGCCGUACAAUCCCAUCCGAUCCCCCUGGGAGGCAUAAGAAAGAUUAGAGCUGAAGGACAAUGGUGAGGUCUGGUCAGUAAGAUAUAGUGGGUUCUCUCAUUCCUUCAAGUAUGUGCGAUUAGGAAGGAAUCAGAGCCGAUCAGCAAAAACUAGAUUAUGUUGGAAGUUGAUUGCGAGAAUCCAUUUAUAAAUCACUAUCUUUGCUGUCAGUAAUGGAUGUUCAGUCUGUGUAUAAACUACACUAUUGAGGGCAGUUGAACACAUGUUUACAUAGCAGAUGUGUUUGCCUCGCUUACAACUGAAAUGUCAUCAGCUCUGCUUUGCAAAUAUUAGCUCGCAGAGAAGUGACCUAACAUGAGCAAGACCAUUUGGGGCCUGUGGAAGUGAACGCUUGAAGGGGAUGCGAAGAUGUUAUUUAUUUGGUCCAUUUUUUUCCUCAAUAGACAUCUGUGUUGCACAGCAGGGGAGCAGACUUAUGUCCACCCACGUCUAUCAAAAUGACUUGUUAGACUUCAUUGAAAUUGCACUCAAAGCCUGCAGCUAGUUGUGGCCUUUGGCUCUCGGUAAGGAUUGCUAUCAAUACAGACAAGUCUUUUUGUGGAAGCUGAAGAACAAACAUCUUACCCACAAAGUGACAACUGUCUGGUGAAGAAAAAUAGCCAAAUUAACUUAAAAAAGGUCAGUGUCUCCCUUUUGUAAAUGGAAGUAAAGGUGUAUUCCAUUUCGAGUAAUCGAUCAAUAUCCCUGAUUUUGGUUGCUCUCUGUUUGCAGUGGAAGGUAGCAAUGGAGUGAGAAAAAGUCCACAGAAAGUGCCUUUCCUCUUGAUGGUGCUGUCAAUUGAAAGAUAAAAUGUAAAGUCAAACAAAUAGAAUCUCAUUUUCAAGAACACACUGCAAUGCAGGAAUGGCUGCAUUUACACACACUCACUGUUUGUUUUAUAGAGACGGCAAUGCAAACUCGUGUUUCAUGUAUUUAGAUAUUAAGCCUACAUAGAAAAAGAAUAUAUGCCAAGUAUAUGGUUGUGGUUGAGCUUUCGCUUCCUAGUGCAUUUAGUGUCUUGGACCAAUGGUGUCGUUGGUACAGUGGAAUGUGCGUUUUGGGGGCGGGGGGGUCAUAGCUGAUAUUAGCGUGGUGUGACACAGCCCAGCCCACAAAUGACAAACAUAGCACAGCACUUUAGAGACUGCCACUCUCACUCAGACACAUAGCCAAGAGGUUUCGACCUCUGUCCCUCCAGUCCCCUUCUACCUCCCCGAACAGGAGGAGGAGAGGAUCCAGACCUCGGUGUAAACGAGGAGUCGAAGGGAUGUGGGUUACCAAGUCGGUCAUUAAAAGUGUGCCUCAUGCUCUCGUGACUUUGUUGGUGGCUCGGUUGAGUCAGCCCUCGGGUUGGUGGUUUUCCUUCUGGAAUUGCCGCUCUUUGUUACAGCUAGGGCUGGGUGUCAAAACACGAUAUCAAUUACCUCCCAGAUAUUGGCAUCAGAAUUUUGAAGCAUCCAAAAAAAAAAGGUUUUACAAUAGAUUCUUGCACUGAGGAAUUAAGAUUUUUUUUUUUCUUCUUGAAGGGCAUUUUUACUAAGUAAAUCAGCAUAAGUAGAAUCGAAAACUUCUUGAAAAGGCAGAAAAGGCAAAAGCAUGAAUGACAGAAAAUGAUUUUGUCUGUUGCAUAGUGAAGUAUGCUAUCAUUCAAGUGUCAUUGUACAGCAGGUAUAGAGAUGAAAUCAGCAGAACCAGUGUCAGUAUUGAAGCUUUUCUCACGAUGCCCAGCCCUAGUAGCAGCCCCAUGGCAUUCUUUCAUCUGCGUGCAAUGCCCUGCCAUGUGUCUUGUCCCUGAUGGAGGGUAUAUGUGCCCAGCAUUAUCCCUGUCUUGAGCCGGUAGGGUGUGUCGACUGAAAACCAAGGGUGGUCUGUAGUUCUGUGGGUACCUUUUCAGUCCAGGGGGUGAAAUCUUUCUAUUACAAGAGAUCUCUAAAAACACUGCACCUCACUUACCUUGGUAUGCUGCAUAUGUUAUACUACAUGAAAGAAAACUGCAAAUUGCUUUUAUUAUGACAUAUAAUGCUUGAGUAAUGCCUGAUUGCGAUAUUCUUAUACAGUAACUAUUUUAGAGUCAAAAUAAGUAUAAAUGUAAAAAUAUUCUCUGUUUUGUCUUAACACUUAUCCGAUUUUGAGAAAUUGUUCUUGAGCCGACUUUUAUUUUGUUGUCCUAUUUAAAUGUGUCGUUCUUUAAAUUUAUAUAUGAAAUAUAUAUAUGCGGAAUAUUUUAUGGUGUAUUUAUUGAGAGUGCGUUCAAGCGGCUGGAGUCUCCGCAUUAUAUUGCAGCAUGGUGGGGGCGGAGCCAGGAGGAUGAGGCCUUUAGCCCCUCCCCCUCCACGUUGACGCCUUAUUCUCCUUGACACGCAAGCACAACAAUAUGGAGGGGGGUGCAAGGUGGAGGAAAGGGAAGAGGUGGAUUUGACCUGGCGAUGCAGAGCCGUGUAUCGGGUUCUGGAUGAUAUUUACAGGUCAACUCUACCUCCUCUUUUUUCUUGAUAUUCUUUAUCCUCCACUCUUCUUUUACCACAUGAGAAGGCCAAAACGCCAACCCCCACAUGUUGCAGCUCAUCUCUGACGAAGGGAACCAUUUCUGAACCACACUGACUUGAGUGUCGAAUAGCUGACUUUUUUUUCCAUCCCAAGCUGCUAAUUGGUACGUUAGCCAUGUAAAUUCCCCGAGCCAGUAAAGGGCAGGUGGGAGAGCGUAAAAUAAGAUUUAAAAAAAGCAGCAGGGGAAGGAAGGAAAGAUGUUGGAAAAGGCAGAAUUCUCUGGAUCACAGUGAAAAAUUUAGCGUAGGUGUUGCUUCUUUCCUCUUAAAUUGUCUCCUUUUUUUUGUUUUCCUUGUGCCAGAACCUUUUACAGCAGGAACAGGUCUCAUUCCACAAGAAAAGACAUGCCUCAGCCUUAAGUGCGUUCUUACAUUAUCGUCAGAUUUCUAUGUGACUUUGCGAUGCCUGUGUUGGGUGGCCUACCAAGAAAAACAAGCCUACAUACUUGAUAUGCCCUGAUUCCCCAACCAACAUCCUCAUUUUUCAUGUAAACCACUAACACUGCUACAGAACUUAGUGAACUCUGAUGUACAAACAAAUGUAAGCUUUCAAAAAAAAAAAUUGCUCUGUCCCAUUUGUACUGAUGUCUGAACAGAAACCAGGUCUGGGUCAAACCGCGUUUGGAAACAGUUCUUGGCGUUUGUUUUAACCAGACGAGCAGUGCUUACUGCCUCAGGUCAAUUCAGAAAGCAUCAUAUAAAUUGUGAAUGACAUAUGCUAAUUUGACUUUUAUACGCUUCUCUGUGUAACUGGUUAUCAUUGUAUGGUCGCUGAUGGCAAAUCCAAAGAACAGUAUUUUCAGAUACAGUUUGACCCGGGCCUGACAGGAACCAGGAGGUUCCCCAGAGUGCUGGAUUACAGAGACCUGUGCCUGUAAAAUGAACCAAGGAUGAGUUGUGUUGUGAGAAAUUGCUGUUCUUUUCUUUUUUUUUCUUUUUCUUUUUUUUAACUUUUUUUGUUGGUUGUCCCUCACCCCCAUCGGAGGAUCAGAGACAUGGAGCUUUGGAGUGUUGUCAAUCCUGUUCCAAAGUAAAUCGGCCCUCUGUCCAUUAAACCAAAUCAUUUUGGUUUGAUAAAUGUUUACUGUAAUGUUUACUCCCGUGGCUAUCAUAUGUUUUAACCUGUUUUCAUCCCGUUAGCAUUCCAAUAAUGACUUUGAACCAAAUAUUGCACAAGAGAUUAGGCUCCUGAUGCCAAUUUUCCCUUGUAUACACAUAAUGGUUUUGAAGACAGAUAUAUUUGACAGUGGCCAAGGACUUUAAAACAUUUUCUGUGUACGCCGAUUGUCCAGAAUUUUUCAAUGUAGCAUCUCUUGUGUCAGUUUUAUUUCAAACUAAAGAUCUUGGGCUCUGAUACCUCUGAGGGAGACACCAGCAAACGGAUGUACACGUUGAACAGUGAACCUUCACCACCAGAUGAUCCAUGUCUCAGUCUCUCUGUAUGUUGCAAAGGCUCUGUUGUACCAACAGCUCUAUUCCUUUCAAUUUUAAAUGUCUCUUUCUUUUGUAACUCUCUCUUAUAGGUUGUUGGCCUUUUAGUGUUGCUUUGCUUCAGUUUGAAGUGUAUCUUUGACUAAUACUUGCAAUAAAAUGCUUUGCUUUA